UAAAAAAUUUAAAGACCAACACUUUAUAGUGCCCUUCCGCCCUUCACUUCUACGCCGAUCAAGAAGAAACCAAAAAAACAAAAAUGGCCUGGAAAACCGAUACUGACCUCGAAAAUUCCGACCCACUUCCAGAUUCCGGCGAUGUGGAGUGGCCUUGUAAACCCAUUGUUGAAUCGUCAGGCUGGCCUACUAGCUGGCAAAACGACAGUACAAAAUCAAGGCUACAAACCCCCUUGCCUACCGCCGAAGACGAGGCUGCAAACAAGAGUCAGCUUCCGGCAUUGCUCAAAGUUGCUGAAUAUUUGAACUCCACACUCAGUCUAGACGACGAUGACGAGUUUUCUGAGUAUAUAGGUGAAGAUGGGGAUGAGGGUUUUCUGGAUGGGGAAGAGGGGUUUCAAGAUUAUGAUUUUUUUGUGAAGUUGUUUAAGCAGGAUGAUGGGUUGAGAGAGUAUUAUGAGAAAAAUCGUGAGAACGGGGUGUUUUGUUGUCUUGUUUGUUGUGGGGUUCGUGAGAAAGGGUGGAAGAGGUUUAAGGAUUGUUCGUCUCUUGUUCAGCAUUCCAUAAGCAUUGCAAAAACCUCUAAGAGACGGGCUCACCGGGCUUAUUGUAAGGUCGUCUGUGAAAUUCUUGGUUGGGAUGUUAAUAGCCUGCCUUCCAUUGUCCUCUCUGCAGGCGACAAGCUCGGUGAAUCUUCUGAUAAAUUAGUUAAGGCUCAGUCUGCGAUAUUGCAGGGUAAUGUAGAUGAUGGUGGUGAUGACAGUUUGAGUGGUCAGUGCAAAUCCACAAGUUCUGUAAGUAUCAGCGAUACUGAAGCAACUCUGUCGAAAUUGUCUUUGCUUGAUGAAAGCCAAGAAGGAAAAGAUUAUUGCUCUUCUGAAUUAGAGCACAAUUCUCUAAGUGGAGCCUCUGUCGAUAAAAGCUUGGGAGAUCUCGGCAAAGGUACUUCUGAAACAACCAAAGAGAAUGCAGAGGGGGGCGUUAACUGUGUGAAGAAUUCUGUGAGCAAAGCUGGUGUUGAUGUACUCUUGGAAGAUCUCAGCUAUCUUACUCUUGAAACACAAAAAGGGAAUGCAAAGGGUGCAUCAGAUUACGUGGUGCCUUGUGAAGAAACUGGGGAAUCAUCCAAUCUGGCAUAGUUUCCGUGAAGGGAACAAGGUGGCACACGUUUUUGCAAUGGAAGGUUCCAAGAAAUCUCUUCUACAUCAACCAGUGUUUUUAUUGAAUGCACCGCCAUGGAUAUUACCAGCCCUACAACAAGAUAAAGAAGGCUACUAUAUUAGGAAAAAUGUUUUUAAGUCUCCUGGUUUGUAAUAGUCUAACAAAACUUGGAAAUCUAAGUAUCAUCAACUCAAAUGUAAUAGCUAGUAGUACUGCCAACUAUGGUGUAACCGCUACUUGCAGGGAAAAGUAUAUGAUCCCUGGAUAGUAAGCAUUUGAGAUCUCAUGUUCUAGGUCAUGUCUUAAUUUCUACUUUUGCUUGUUUAGAUGAAUGUAGUUGGGACUUGGGAGUAAAUGGUUUUGUAUUCAGAUGGAAAAUCUCUGUUGGAUGAAUGAAAAACAACGGUUGGUCAA